UUUGAUGCUCUAAUCUGGAAACUUGGGAGAUGUGCAACUCUUUUCAUCUUAUUUCUUUACUUUUACUAAGUGUGUCUCUGUGUGUCUCUACGCGCGCGUGUGUACAUAAAUUGAGGUUCUUGUGGAGGGUAGAGCAUCAGAUCUCUCUGGAGCUGGAGUUAAAGGACACAUACGUAGCUACUGAGUCAUUUCUCCAGCCCCAAGACAUGCAACUCUUAUCACUAGCCCUUCUUUUCCAACGGUCUGCUUGUAAAUAAUUCGCUCUUUUAGAAUCCAGCAUGGUAACUUCUAUUUAACCACAUUCAAUAAGCCAAAUCAAAUAACAAUCAUGGUACACUGCUCUUGGGAGGCUCCCUGCCCCCAAACUUCAAGACGUCUGUCUUAAAACAAAAAGGGAGAACAAUAAAGAGCCUAUUAUUUUUCAAAACAAAACAUCCCAAAACAUAGAAGAGAAUACCAGGAGAAAGGGGAAUGGCACCUGAGAAAAGACACACUCAUUUAAAACCAUGCAGAACUACAUGGAGAGCCUGCCACUUUAUAUUUCUUAGAAACAGGUGAGUGAUGACUGUUUUGCAACUCAGUAGCAGUUCACCAGAUCUUCAGGACUAAGACAAAAUCAAGUAGUUAAAAAUACUGCUUAUGACCAUUUCUUCCUUAAUUUUUUAGAAGUCACGGAUUCUAUGGAGGUACCUUCUAAAGUACUACUUCAGUUGUGAUGUUUCUAUUGAAAAACAUGUGCCUCUCCCUCCUAUGAGGGAGACCAAAAUUAGCACCAUGCCAUCCACAUCUGACAAGCAGUAACAGCUGAGGAACUCUGCUACUUACCACACACAAUCCUCAAUUUAUGAUUUCUCACUUUUAUGAUGGCAUGAAAACAAUUCCACUCCUUGUCUCUUCAGUAGAUCGCUCAAUAAAUCACAGAAGAUAUUUAAUAUUUUAUUAUAAACUUUUGCCUAACUGCAAGCCAAUGCAAAUAUUUUGAGCGUGUUGAAGGUAUUCUAUGCAAAGCUCUGAGAUUCACUGGGUUAGUUGUACCAUAUACAUUUUGGGCUUACUGAUGUUUAAUUACAAUUGGCUGUAUUGGUAAUAUGAAAAACUACAUUAAUAAUGGUAUCAAUAUCUGAUUCUUAUUUAUAUGUUGGGAUCAUAAUAUUGAGUAUUGACAAUUAUUGCUGUAAUGUAACCCUUAUAACAGCUAUAUGAAACAGUUAUUACCCAUAGGUUAUUUUCCAAGGGAGAUUAUCUUUACUUGAAAGAUAGCUGAGCUCAGCCAGGCAGUGGUGGCGCACGCCUUUAAUCCCAGCACUUGGGAGGCAGAGGCAGGCGGAUUUCUGAGUUCGAGGCCAGCCUGGUCUACAGAGUGAGUUCCAGGACAGCCAGGGCCACACAGAAAAAUCCUGUCUUGAAAAACUCCAAAAAAAAAAAAAAGAGAAAGAGAGAUGGCUGAGCUCCUGGCUUCAGACCCAUGCAAGGCAAUCUCUCUCCUUUUCUUACAUAUCUGAUUCUCAAAUUCUGGCAAUAGGCAGAUGAAAAUUCAUCAGUGAUUUGGCAGGAAAUGUUUGCCCCUCUAAACAGCUAAGCUUAAGUGAACUAAAAUAUCCUACCACAGAGAACAACAGUUAAAAUGAAUAGUCCCAUACCCACACUGCUUCUAUUUUCUUAGGUUUGAUUUCAAGAAGUAAUCAGAUCUAGAAAACUUUAUGGACAAAUAAUGUUUAUCGUGGUAAAACUUAAUCAUUGUGUUGCAGCUGAGGCCCAACGCCCCUACUUUUCUCUGGAGUAGUUGAGGACAUGUGGAAUGGACUAGAUGGUUUUAGUCUUAUUCUGUUCCAUAUCUGAAGAUCUGUUUCUUCAUUUGUGUAUAAAUCUGAGGAAAUACCAGUAUUACGCCACAGUGCCAGGGUGAAGGUGAAACCGGAUGUAAUGAGAAGAGUCUAGAACAGCCUGGCAUAAGGUAAACACUCCAUGAAGGUCAAGGAUGACUCUGGAGGACUGAAUUACUUUAAAACAUUUCAUGGAUGGAUCCCCCCACUCCACACAACACACACACACACACAUACACACACACACACACACACACACACACACCGUGUAACCACAAGCUUCAAAAGAGGUUAGGUAACUCCCCGUCAAAAUGUUUUAUGGCCCCCUCCCUUACAAAAAAGGGGGAAGCUAUAAAGGGUCUAUAAUGCUCCCCUACAAUAACCUUAAACAAAGGAGAAAAUAACAGGCAAAAAGAAUGGCAGAAGAGAAAAUCCACGCAAUUAAAAACAUAUAGACCUAUGUGUGAGUACCUAUCACUUUACAUCUGUGAGCUUGCCUGUGUUGAAAUUCAUUUUGACAACUAAAUAAAAAGAAUAGUGUCAUUUUAUAGACCUGGGCAUUUAUAAAGUAUCCAGAAUAGGUCUUCUUAUAAGAGGAAAAGUCACUUAGCCUGCCAAAGCUGAUGAGGCAAUUUUUUUAAAUUAUUUUUUUCUUAAAACUCCUUCUAAGUACUAUGAAGACUCUCUCCUCAAUCUCUGGUCCAUGUUACUUUAACCCGUGCCUUGCUGAUCUGCUUUAUGUGUGGUCCAUAGUAAGGUAUUUAAAUGAUAUAUAAUCACGUAAAUCACACUCUAGAAAUACUUCAGAAAGACGGCUGGGAGCAGUAUAAGGACAAAGGAAAAAGAGAGAAGGCAGGAAAACCCAAGUCCUCGGGUCAGGAGGGAGGACCCAGGGAGUCCAGCUUCUCCUUCCGCUUGCCUGCUGUGACCUAGCGUGUACCACGGGGUCUGGACAGAUGUUAUCAGCUUGUGUCUACGCGUAAAGGGAAGUGAAUACAGAUUUGUGCUAUUUCGGCAGAGGCACAAAUCAGUGCCCCCUCCCGGAGCUGGGGUUGCUACCGAAGAGUUUUGGAUCUAGGAAUGGUUGACUAUAGCGUAGAAAAACAAGGCUGGUGUCUUGGGAAUGCCCUUGGAUUUUCUGUGGGCCAGUCCUGCUGCGCUGAGGAACCGCAAUAGGCUUCAGCUUUCCUUCACUCCUUGGGAGGGAAGGAGUGCCUAUUGUGAGGAACUAAUGACCAUUUUCCAACUACUGCACUGGAAUGGAAGCCUGAAAGCCCUCCGUGAAACAAAGUGCUCUCGACAGGAAGUCAUCUCCUACUAUUCCCAAUAUUCUUUAGAUGAAAAGAUGCGUAGCCACAUGGCCCUGGACUGGAUUAUGAAGGAGCGUGAAUCACCAGGAAUUCUCUCUCAAGAGCUGCGUGCAGCCCUAGGGCAGCUGGAGGAAGCCAGGAAGGCUGGACAAGAACUACGAUUUUACAAAGAAAAAAAAGAAAUCCUGAGCUUGGCCCUGACUCAGAUCUAUAGUGACCCUGACCCUUCCUCACCCAGUGAUGACCAGCUAAGCCUCACGGCUCUGUGUGGCUAUCAUUAGCAAGGCCAGGUGGCAGGUUUCCUGAGGACGUUCACAUCAGGAAUCUACCUGACAGAAGUUGUUAGAGAUUUUAGCAUGAUAGUCAGUACCUGAAGGCUGUACUGCUCCUACACAGUCUGUUCACAGAAUGGGAGGCUAGGGUUGACUGAUCCCGAUCCCAACUUCCUACUUCAUGUAUGUUUUCAACCAUUCCCUUAGGGAUUCUACUUCAGAAUAAAAAGAAAGACAACAAAAUUACUUUAGAAAGCAUUCUUCAGGGUUUGAUCUAAUCUAAAAAACCUAGUUGAUAUGUGCCUUGCUAAAUUGUAUGCAUUGCUUCACACAACAGUCCAGUAGAGCAGUCUUGGAGAAAACAGCAGCCAGGACUAGGGAAAGGAUCAUGAUAACUUCUUUUUUUCUUUUUUUUUGGGGGGGCACAGUUUCUCUGUGUAGCCCUGGCUGUCCUGGAACUUGUCUUUAGAUCAGGCUGGCCUUGAACUCAGAGCUCUGCUUCUGAGUACUAGGAUUAACUACAUCUACCACAACCACCUGGCCUAUAACAAUGUUUUAAAUACUUAAGAGUAAAUAAAUAGUACAGAUGAUUUAAAAAAAAUGUACAACACUCAGCAUGUUUUGAACCCUCCUGAAAAUUACUGUAUCCUCAUUAUAUAUUUUGAAAUUAGCUUUAAUAACAAACACUAUCACAUAUACUUCUCAGACAGGAUGAAAUUAAGUACAUAACUGCCCUAUUCCAAUGUCCUAAAAAGGUGAUGGUGUGUAGUGUUAGAUGAUUUCAUUUUAAAAUGAUAUUUUUUUAAAAAUCAUAUCACUUCCCAUAAUGAGGCUAAAUGUUCUAAGGAAAAAAAAACUUUAGAUUUUUGUAAUCUUGAGAAGGAGUUAGGAUUUGUGUGUGUGUUGAAUAAAUUUUUAAGUGAAGAAAUUUCUAUUUCAUUUUUUUUUUUACAAACUUUUUAUCAUUUCAAAUUCAGCACAUUUCCCCAUGUUGGCUGGGAUCUUUACGUGCAGUGCAUGUUUACUGUGUUUGGCAAUGUCCACCUCAGAAGAUUGAUAUCUGAUUAGAUGCAAGAACAGUGCUUGCGUGGGUCAAGCUUCUCCUCUCUUUUAUAAUUAUGACACUGUACAAAUUCUCUGAACUGAAAAUUACGUAGACUAUUUUUCCUUGGAAUAUUCUCAGAAACUUCAGCAAAAGCAACAAAGGUUAUGGCCAUGGCUGGCCCUAUCUAAUAGCAAAUCAACUUCAGCCAGGGCAUUGUGCCAACCGAGUAUCACACAUGUCUGUAACACUGGCACAGAGGAACCUAAGAGAGGGACAAGACAAACACGCACGCUUGUUCUUAACACUGCACUGUAGAAAGGGACAAGAAUAAAGGAGUCUCUAAGAAGAUGGAGCCAUGAAGGUGGUGCUUGUUGUUGCUAUGAACUCCCUGAAAAUUGAAUAAAAAGCCACAGACUAUCUCAUAGCAAUAUAUAAUAAUUUCAUAAAACAUAUGGCCCUGCCCCAAAAUUUAUGGAUUAGCCCAGAGCAUCAUUGACCCUUAGUUUGAAGCUCACAAUUUUAAAAGCAUACAUAGUUUUACACUUCAUAUGAGAGAUCUAGUAACCCAUAGACCAUAUAUUUUUUUCUUUUCUUUUCUUUCUUUUUUUUUUUUUUUCCGAGACAGGGUUUCUCUGUGUAGCCCUGGCUGUCCUGGAACUCACUCUGUAGACCAGACUGGCCUCGAACUCAGAAAUCUGCCUGCCUCUGCCUCCCAAGUGCUGGGAUUAAAGGCGUGCGCCACCACUGCCUGGCCAUAGACCAUAUUUUUAAGAUUACUACCAUUACUCUGAAAUCAAGAAUUGUAUUGUUUGGGGCAUGAUGGUUUAAUUUUUAUAAAAAUCAAAAUGCACCUUGUUGUUAUGGAGAAAGAAAUUAAGACAAACUAGACACUAAACUUUGGCAACUGUACCAGAACAUUACAGAUUUAAUAAAAUCAUUGUUCCUUCAAUAUUCUGAA